AUUGCAUGCAAGUAUCAAGCAGAGCCGCAUGGGUCGAGGUAAGACUCAAAUAGUGUUUAGCACAGCGGCUGAAGAAAAAGCCUGAACACCACAGUGUACAAUCAUCAAAACAGGCCAUCAUGACUGACAGGAAGGCAGUAAUAAAGAACGCUGAUAUGUCUGAGGACAUGCAGCAGGAUGCAGUGGAUUGUGCCACACAGGCCAUGGAGAAGUACAACAUUGAAAAAGACAUUGCUGCAUAUAUCAAAAAGGAGUUUGAUAAGAAGUAUAAUCCAACAUGGCAUUGUAUUGUGGGACGAAACUUUGGCAGUUACGUGACGCAUGAAACAAAGCAUUUCAUCUACUUUUAUUUGGGUCAAGUGGCCAUUCUGCUCUUCAAAUCGGGCUGAAGGAACAACUGUCAUUCAUGAAAGCUGGAAGUCAGAUCUCCAAACCUGGACUGUGAUGCACUAAUGGCUUGAGCCACACUCAGACCACACACACACACACACACAUAUAGAUGCAUUACAUUAUCCCACAUACACACUAAUGACUUUAGCUAUAUAGGCUGUGUAUAUAUGCAUGGACCAUGUAUAAUAUUUUAUUUGUAUAUGUUGCAAUACAGUAAGUUUUGCUCUUUGUCAUUGCACAAGAUGAAGCAACAAGACCAUUUUUGUUAGUUUUUCCUGAAACUAAAUUUGUUUUGCACUGAAGUUGUACAAAAUGCUUUGACCGCUGCCUUUAAAUUAUAUUAAAGAAUGAUAAAUCAUAAAUACUUUGUAAGACGCUAUUCUUUUUUACCCAAUUCAGCUAGAUCCAAACAGAGGAUUUCUUAAAAGUCUGUUUUAGAGGUUGAUGGUGGAUCGCUGUUUGUUUUGUAACCAUAAUAAGAUUAUGUAUACUUAAGUUUACUUUGCAGCCUCUGUUUGUGUAAUAAUGUAACAUGGUCAGUUGUCUUCAGUUGCUUGCAAAGUGGAACUCAUGACCAAACUCCUCAAGAUGGAAGCACUUGCUGCAUGUAUUUUUACUGAGAAAGAGAGUAUACGAAGUUCAAUUACUAAUGAACAGAAUCUUUUUAUGAACUCCAUUUGUAAUCCAGCCUCUACCCCCAAGAGGACUUUUCAAAUCAAGAGCACCUUUAUCCAUCUGAAGAAUAGGACUAUAGAAAAUUGACUGAAUUUGAAAAUCAGUUGAAAAACGGCAAGCUUUUUUUUUUUUUUGGAAACAGAUAUAUCUCCAGAGCACAACAAAUAGCACUUUCUGAACUUGGAAAAAAAGAAGUUGAUUGUAAUUAAACCUGCUGUCAAGGGUGGUGCCAUUUGUUGUAAUGGAUAAGAUGGACAAUGAAGCUGAAGUAUACGAACAACUCAAGUUUCUAUAAGAGAUUAGCAGGGGAUCCAACCAUAAAAUAUCAGGAUUAGCUACGAUUACUCCUUGACGAUGGUGUUCUCAAUUAUUUUUCCCCCAAAGAAUCAACUUAAAAAAAAAUCAUUUGAAGGCUUUCUCAUAUGUGUAUGUGUGUAUGUGUGU